AUGGCGCCAACCAUACACCUCGUUCGCCAUGCGCAAGGCUACCACAACCUCUCAGUCGAGAACGAGGUUAUCCAUGACCCCGACCUGACGGAACUCGGUCUCCAGCAAUGCAAAGAGCUCAGGGAGUCGUUCAUCCACCACGACAAGCUCACCCGCCUGGUUGCCUCGCCACUGCGCCGCACCGUUUACACAGCCAUUAAAGCUUUCGGCGAGGACAGACUGUACCCCAUCACUGCGCUGGACCUGCUCCAGGAAGUGUCUAGUUCGCCUUGCGAUACAGGCUCUGCCAAGGAGAAAUUGGACGAGGAGUUUGGCGACAAGCUCGAGGUCAGGGGCCUGGACCCAGCCUGGACCGACAAAACAGCGACCAGCAAAUUCGAACCUACCUUGCAGAAGUUGACAGCAAGGGCUCUGGAGGCAAGACGUGUGCUGCGAGAUCUGGCCGGCGACGGUGACGACCACAUAGUGGUGACUACUCACGGCGGUAUCCUGCACUUCUUGACGGACGACUGGUUUGGCAUCCCGUCAGGUCAUGCUACUGGCUGGGGUAACUGCGAGUACCGCUCUUAUCAGUUCAUUGACCCUACGGGCAAGGACGAAGACGCCGCUCUGCAGGAAACCCCUGAAAGCUGGAGGCGUCGUCAGGGGCUCCGGAUUGCUCCCACAAGGACGGAGCAGAAGGAGAUGAGGGCGGCGGUACAAAAAUCGGUGGCACCGUAUCUGCAUCUCAAUUCGUAG